GGUGUGGUAAGGAAAAUUCCUCCCUCUCAGUAUCGAGGAAUUUUUGAAAUUCCCCGAGAGAAGACUUUUAGGUAGGUCUGAAACUUUGCCGUAUCGUCCCUUACGGGUAGCAGACUUAAUAUGGGAUUCUAAAAGACGAAAGUCUAAACAUUAAAGAAGGCAGAAAUCGGCGAAAAGCGAAAGUAAAAAUAGUAACAACUAGACCUUAAAGUUAAUUUCCUUGGCAGUUAAGGAGUUCGGAACGUCUUUUUGAAUUAUAAACAUAUUUUGGUCUAGGUUGAACCCUCCGUUACUAAGACAACCCAGCAAAGGUGGGUCGGAACAGUCAGAGGUGUCGGAAAUCGGAAGAGCCGGAAUCGGAACUGCCCAAAAGUCGGAAAUUGGAAACCAAAAUUUUUUUCCGGAAAUCGGAAUUCCGACCCACCUCUGCAUCUCAGGUACAUGGGUAAGAGGAUAAAGGUUUCUCUCAGUUGUUCAUUAAAAUUUCCCCCCGCUUUACUGAAACCACAAAUAUAAACUAGAGGGUUUUUCAAGAUUGGUUAGUCAAAUCCAAACCUGUAGAAGGUUAAUAAAGGUAGUAAUAAGGAUGACGAUUCCUGGGAAAUUUCCGGAUAUCCGGAUCUCGGGACUGUUAUCCGAACCGAAAUGGAUAUUUGGGGUUUUCGGUUUAGUAGCGAACACUUAUAAAGACCUAUGUAUAGAAAUUGCCCCAAACAUUGAUUAAAAAAACAAAUCACAAAUAUAAACACACAAUUCACACCUUUUCGCAACUGCGCGAGUUGUACUAAUUCAUUCGCCUGCGCAGUCGAUCUCCGUCUAUGACUAGCACGUCGUUCGGCGGCCGUACGACGUUGCUGACUUUGAUUAUUUUGUUGAUGUUUUUUGCUGUUAUUUGGGGGAGAAGAGGAAGAAUUUUGGUCGUUUUUUGGCGAAUCAUGCUGGGGCUGAUUAUUGAUAAUUUGCAUAUUUUUAGUAAAAAAGUAGAGUCAAUUUAG